GCCGCCACAGCCCAGGCUGGGCACCCGCGGGGCCCGCUUGGAUGCCCCUGCCCUGGGGCGGGCAGCGCGCUGAGCCGGGGCGGGGGCGGGGGCCGGGGCCAGGCAGCGGCGGAGGAUGGAGCCGGGGGCGCCCUUCCCCGAGCCGGGCGGGGCCGAGCGGGCCGCCGAGGAGCCGCGCCCGCCCGCCGCGCCCCCCGGCCUGGCCCCGGCCCCGGCGGGCCCCCUGCGGGCUCCGCCCCCGGGGGCCGCCCUGCGCCCGGCCUCCCGCCACGGCAGCCAGCCCAACGUCAGCGGCGAGCCCUGCUGGGCGGCUCCGGGCCACUCGCCCGGCUCCAGCGGCGGCGGCGGCGGCGGCGGCGGGCCGGGCAAGCACCGGCAGGCCAGCCCGCUGGCGCACCGGCGGGACAGCAACCCCUUCACCGAGAUCGCCAUGAGCUCCUGUAAGUACAGCGGCGGCGUCAUGAAGCCGCUCAGCCGGCUCAGCGCCUCCCGUCGGAACCUGCUCGACGCCGCCGCUGCCGCGGACGCCGAGGCGCAGCCGCUGCAGCUGCUGGCCGCCGGCGCGCCCCCCCCGCCCGAGAUCGUCAUCUCCCGGGAGGACAACCAUUCCCCGGCGGGGCUGCCGCACCCGCGCCCCAACGCGGCCGGCCCGGGGGGGGCGGCGGCGGCGGCGGCGGCCCACAAGCCCCCCGCCGCCGGGGCCGGGGGCGCGCCCGGGCCCCCCUUCGCCAAGGCGCCCAAGCGCAAGAACCAGAACAUCGGCUACCGGCUGGGCCACCGGCGCGCCCUCUUCGAGAAGCGCAAGCGGCUGAGCGACUACGCGCUCAUCUUCGGCAUGUUCGGCAUCGUGGUGAUGGUCAUUGAGACCGAACUGUCCUGGGGCUUGUACUCCAAGGGUUCAAUGUUCUCCCUGGCCUUGAAGUGUCUCAUUAGCCUCUCCACUGCAAUUUUGCUGGGGCUUAUUGUCGCCUAUCACACCCGGGAGGUCCAGCUCUUUGUGAUUGACAACGGGGCCGACGACUGGCGGAUCGCCAUGACUUAUGAGCGCAUUCUCUACAUCAGCCUUGAGAUGCUGGUUUGUGCCGUGCACCCCAUCCCUGGGGAAUACAAGUUUUUCUGGACUGCCCGCCUGGCCUUCUCGUAUGCGCCUUCCCGGGCUGAGGCCGACGUGGACAUCAUUCUCUCCAUCCCCAUGUUUCUCCGCCUCUAUCUGAUCGCCCGGGUUAUGCUUCUUCACAGCAAGCUUUUCACGGACGCCUCUUCCCGCAGCAUCGGUGCGCUCAACAAGAUUAACUUCAACACCCGUUUUGUGAUGAAGACGCUCAUGACUAUCUGCCCCGGGACGGUCCUUCUGGUCUUCAGCAUCUCCCUGUGGAUCAUCGCUGCCUGGACGGUGCGCGUGUGUGAGAGGUAUCACGACCAACAAGACGUGACCAGCAACUUCCUGGGUGCCAUGUGGCUGAUUUCCAUCACAUUUCUCUCCAUCGGCUACGGUGACAUGGUUCCACACACGUACUGUGGGAAAGGCGUCUGUCUGCUCACGGGAAUUAUGGGAGCUGGUUGCACCGCCCUGGUGGUGGCUGUGGUGGCCCGUAAACUAGAGCUGACCAAGGCCGAGAAACACGUCCACAACUUCAUGAUGGACACCCAGCUCACCAAGCGGAUCAAGAACGCUGCCGCCAACGUCCUUAGGGAAACCUGGCUGAUUUACAAACACACCAAGCUGUUGAAGAAAAUUGACCAUGGCAAAAUCCGGAAGCACCAGAGGAAGUUCCUCCAAGCCAUCCACCAGUUAAGAAGUGUGAAGAUGGAGCAGAGGAAGCUGAGUGACCAAGCCAACACUUUGGUCGAUCUGUCUAAGAUGCAGAAUGUCAUGUACGACCUCAUCACGGAGCUGAACGACCGCAGCGAAGACUUGGAGAAGCAGCUGGGCGGGUUGGAGAGCAAGCUGGAACAGUUGGCCACCAACUUCAGCUCUCUGCCGUUGCUGAUCACGGACACCUUGCGCCAACAGCAGCAGCAGCUCCUGGCCACCAUCAUUGAGGCCCGGGGGGUGAGCAUGGGUGUUGGGGCCAACCAGACACCCCUCUCUGACAGCCCCCUUGGGGUCAGCUCCACCACCUUCCCCACCCCAUAUACCAGCUCGAGCAGUUGUUGAACUGGCCCCGUGGGGGAAAACGACAGCAGCCACCACCCGGAAGGCAAGCGAAAAAGCCGGAAUGGACCCCCACGGGGCUUGAUCUGUUCCAGUACAAACUCGAACCCAGCCCCGGAAGGAGGGGAGGACCCCAAGCGCUCAGGGAGCCCGGGACCCAGAACGGUACAGUCUCGGCCCUGGCGCCUCUGCGGGGUUGGGGUGGGGCAGGGAGGGGAGGGGUCUUUUUCAGCAGAGCCCCUCGCUGCGGGGCUUUGUGGACGAUCAGAAUCCACGUUCAAUCUCAGGUCUUCAAAGUGAAAACAAGCCAAUCGAAGGGCAGUGCUGCUGCGAUGGAGCCGGAUAGGGGACCAAUCCACUGUGUGGAUCCCACGCCACAGGCGAAGGGGUUGUUCUCCUUCCUUCCUCCCUUCCUUCCCUCCUCCCUCCCUCCCUCCCUCUCUUCCAAAUCUUGCCAGAGGAUGCCACCAUGGAGAGGAGAAGCAGCUUCCCUUCCCACUGCUCUCUCUUUCCUCCAUUUUCCAUCUGCCCAGGAGUGCAACACCGCCCUGGCUGCUUCUGUGUGAGUCCCUACGGCUGGGCCGGCCUUCCUGGGGAUCCAUCCAACGUGGCACGUCCUCAUAGAGCAGC